AUGACGUCCAACAGCAUAUAUAUUUUGAAUAACCGAAAUUGGGUAUAUGAAAAAAAUAACGACUUCAAUAAUAACUACGAACUAGAUUCAACAACCAAUAACAUUGGAGAUUUCUACAGAAAUUCGAAUAUUUUCGUAACAGGGGGAACAGGAUUCGUUGGAAAGGCGUUGAUAGAAAAACUUCUUAGAACAUGUUCGGAUCUGAAUCAGAUUUAUUUACUGAUGAGACCAAAAAAGGGAUUAGCCGUCCAGGAGAGACUGAGAGAAUUGUGGAACAAUCCUGUUUUCAAUAAAGUGAGAGAACAUAAUCCGGACGCUUUGAAAAAAUUAAAACCUGUAUCGGGAGAUAUUUCUUUACAAAACUUAGGAAUGGGCACAACGGAACUCUCUCUAAUACUAGAGCAAACGAAUAUAGUUUUUCAUUCAGCAGCAACUGUAAAAUUCAACGAAGACUUGAAAAAUGCCAUAAUUUAUAAUUCUUUAGGCACAAGAAGAGUAUUAGAAGUCUGCGCAAAAAUGCAACAGCUCAAGAGCUUCGUAUAUGUUUCAACCGCAUUUAGUAACGCAGAUAAAGAGAACAUUGAAGAAUUCGUUUACGAAUUCCCUUACAAUCCUGAUUCUCUAAUAAAUUGUAUUGAUAUUCUCCCAAAAGGAGCAAUCGAUAUAUUGUUGAAAAAAGUUUUGGGAAAACAUCCUAACACAUACACUUUGACGAAAGCUAUGGCAGAACAAAUUGUUCAAAAGAGUUCUGAUACCAUUCCAUCUGCUAUAGUUCGGCCAUCAAUUAUAACAGCAGCCUGGAAAGAACCGUACCCUGGGUGGGUAGACAGCGUGAGUGGUAUUACAGGGAUAUUCAUGGAAUGUGGAAGAGGUACAAUCAAAUCCAUAAUUUGUGAGGAGAAAUAUAAAAUAGAUGUAAUACCUGUCGAUAUAGUUGUUAAUACCCUCAUAACUGCAGCUUGGCAUACCGUUGCAAUGAGGUCGAAUACGAUGAGAGUUUACAACUGCACAAGUGGGCGAACGAAUCCAUUAACCUGGAUUGAGAUGAAAAAAUUCACUGAAAAAUAUUCUAUCGAGUACCCCAGCAAGUAUGUGACUUGGUACCCAGGAUUUACCUAUAGAACCAACAGAACGAUGCAUAUAUUCUACGCUACUUUGUUUCAUUUCAUUCCAUCUGCUAUUUUGGAUAUCUAUUUAUAUACCACUGGACAGAAACCAAUAAUGUUGAAGAUAAGUCGCAAAUUUCACGAAGCAUUGCAGGCGGGUAGUUUUUUCUCUACGAAUCAAUGGAACUUUCAAGUAUCGACGAUGCAAACCCUUCAAAAUGCGAUCGAUACUGCCAAAGAUGGAGGGGAAUUCGAAAUAAAUAUAAGCGAGAGUAACGGAUUCAGUUGGGACCAGUAUAUCAAAAAUUUCAUGAUAGGAGUCCGACAGUAUGUCCUCAAGGAUGAUAUUAGUAGUCUUGCACAAGCUCGGGCGAAAUUGUACAGGUUAUUUUGGUUUCAGAAAAUAGUUCAAACUAUUUCGCUGUACACCAUCACGAGGCUGAUUUCAUACUGCUUUUCAAAAAUAAUAUGAAUUUGGAAAUCCAUGCUUUUAUAUAUGUUACUAUAUAUUUCUGAUACUGGUA